AUGAGGGCUGGAUUGUCGCAGAGGCAGCAAAGCAGCAGCCUGGCGAACAUUCCGGAUGCCCGAGUAAACCCCGACGGUGUCAGGGCCAUUGCUCGCAACCUGCUGCUGGACACGCUUCAGAUGAUGAGGAAGUUCGAGGCCUCUGGCAUGAGUCGGGAGCAGGCAGAGGGCUUGACUCAGCACCUCACCCAGAUGCUGUGUCAGGAUCGUGAUAAGCUGGCUGACCUUUAUGUGACCAAGGAAGUGCUGAAGCGGAGCCUGUUGGAGCACGAGGCCAACAUCGCUGGCUUCCGAGCAGAGCUGCUCAAGAGCCAGGAAUUGCAGGCCGCCUCCUUCACACGAGACACUGAGCGGUUGCAGGACGGCCUGGAGAAGAUCCGGUCUGAGAUCAGGUAUGAGGUUGACAAGCUGACGGCAAGUCAACGACUGGAUCUUAAUCUUGAAAAGGGCAGGAUCCGGGAUGAGCUCCAGUCCCUCCGAGAUAUGGCCACAGAAAUGGAAAUCAAGGUGGAUAAGGAAGUCAACUCCUUGAAGGCGGCUAUGGAGCAAUCCAAGAACGAUACCGUAAAGUAUGUGCUCGGUCUGAUGCUGGCCCUGAUGACGGCCGGGCUGGGGGCAGCGCGGCUAGUUUUACACUGA